AGUGUACGAACUCUCAAGAUCCUCCAAGAAUACGUUUCUGUGGAGAAAACACUUUCUUUAUGAAUGAAAUUCAUAAAAGAACCCUUUUUGUUCUUGAUCGAUUCUUGCUACUUUCAAGUUUUUAUUGAUGGAUUCUUUCUACUUUCAAGCUUUUCUUGAUCAAUAGUGAAUACCCAGAUCAAAUUUCACGUCCCUUUUAGGAAAUCUGUCUUUUUGUGUGUGUGAGUGUGUGUCCGAGGUCUAAAACCCUCGAAGAUUUUGAUUUCUUUUAGCGGUUUUUAGGGUUUUGACUUACAAUGGAUGGAAGUGAUAUUUAUAAAGCUAGUAGUAGUAUGAGAGCAAGUAGUAGUGGUAGUGGAAUGAUGUCGACUUUAAGAUCUGCAAGUACUUCUGUGUGGAGGAAUUCUGGGAUGGAUGUGUUUACAAAAUCUACUCGUGAAGAAAACGAUGAAGAAGCUCUUAAAUGGGCUUCUCUUGAAAAGCUUCCAACUUUUGAUCGUUUGAAAAGAGGUCUGCUUUUUGGAUCAAGAGGACCUUCAUAUGAAGUUGAUGUGGAUAAUCUUGAUUACAAUGAUCGAAAACGAUUGCUUGAUAGGCUUGUAAGGAUUGCUGAUGAAGAUAAUGAAAAGUUCUUGUUGAAGCUCAGGAACAGAAUCGAUAGGGUCGGCAUUGAUUUGCCAACAAUUGAAGUCAAAUUUGAGCAUAUGACUGUGGAGGCAGAUAUCAAUACAGGAAGCAGAGCUCUACCUAGUUUUAUAAACUUCCAUAUUGAUAUAUUUGAGGGGUUCUUGAGCUUAUUCCAUAUGCUUCCAAAUUCGAAAAAACAUAUAACCAUCCUUGAUGAUGUUAGCGGGGUAGUUAAGCCUAGCAGAAUGACAUUACUUUUGGGCCCUCCGAGUUCUGGGAAAACGACACUAUUGUUAGCUUUGGCUGGGAAGCUUGAUAAGGAUCUUAAGAGCUCUGGGAAGGUGACAUACAAUGGUCAUGAAUUGCAUGAGUUUGUACCCGAAAGAACCUCUGCUUAUAUCAGUCAAAAUGAUGUCCAUAUUGGAGAAAUGACUGUUAGAGAAACCUUGGCUUUUUCUGCACAAUGUCAAGGGGUUGGAUCACGAUAUGAGAUGUUGGCGGAGUUGUCAAGAAGAGAGAAAGAUGCAAACAUCAAGCCUGAUCCUGACAUCGACGUUUUUAUGAAGGCUGCAGCAUCAGAACGUCAAGAGGCAAGUGUGAUGACAGAUUACACUCUCAAGUUGUUGGGUUUGGACAUUUGUGCGGAUACCAUGGUUGGGGAUCAAAUGGUACGCGGGAUCUCUGGUGGCCAAAAGAAGCGAGUUACAACGGGUGAAAUGAUAGUUGGGCCAUCAAAUGUUCUUCUCAUGGACGAAAUUUCUACUGGUUUAGAUAGUUCUACAACUUUCCAAAUAGUGAAAUCACUCAGACAAUUUCUUCAUAUUCUUGAAGGAACAGCUGUCAUUUCCCUCCUCCAGCCUGCACCCGAGACAUAUGAUUUAUUCGAUGACAUUAUCCUUUUGACAGAUGGGAAAAUCGUGUACCAAGGACCACGUGAUAAUGUGCUCGAGUUUUUUGAAUCUUUGGGGUUUAAAUGCCCUGAGAGGAAAGGUGUCGCUGAUUUCUUGCAAGAAGUGACAUCGAAGAAAGAUCAGCAGCAAUAUUGGAUGAGAAGAAACGAGCAUUACAGAUUUGUGACAGCCAAGGAGUUCUCCGAUGCAUUUCGUUCCUUCCAUGUAGGGAAAAGACUAGGGGAAGAUAUUGCCUCCACAUAUGACAAAGCAAGAAGCCACCCUGCUGCCCUUACAAGCAAGAAAUACGGAAUAAACAAGAAAGACCUCUUAAAAGCUUGCACCCAUAGAGAAAUAUUGCUAAUGAAGAGAAAUUCUUUUGUUUACAUCUUCAAAUUGUCCCAAUUAUUUAUCAUGGCGUUAGUCUGUAUGACGGUGUUUUUCCGGACUGAGUUGCAUAGAGGUAGUGUAGAAGAUGGAGGGUUAUAUACGGGUGCUCUGUUUUUCGGUGUGGUUAUGAUCAUGUUUAAUGGGAUGUCUGAGAUCUCUAUGACAAUUGCAAAGCUUCCUGUAUACUACAAGCAACGGGACUUCUUAUUUUAUCCCUCAUGGGCGUAUGCUCUUCCAUCAUGGAUCAUCAAGAUUCCUGUUUCCCUUAUUGAAUCUGCUUUGUGGACGAUUCUUACUUACUAUGUCAUAGGAUUUGAUCCUAAUAUCAAUCGAUUCUUCCGACAGUAUUUUUUACUGCUUUUUGUUAACCAAAUGUCUUCUGCAUUGUUUCGAUUUAUUGGAGCAUUGGGUCGGAACAUGAUUGUUGCCAACACUUUUGGUUCAUUUGCACUUCUUUUAGUCUUUGCGUUGGGUGGUUUUGUACUUUCACGAGAUGAUAUAAAGAAAUGGUGGUUGUGGGGUUAUUGGUCAUCUCCAAUGAUGUACGCCAUGAAUGGCAUUGUCGCUAAUGAAUUUCUUGGGCAUCAGUGGAAAAAGACUUUAAACGAUACGACACUCGGGAAAUCCGUGAUCACUGCUCGAGGAUUCUUUGCGGAAGACUACUGGUAUUGGAUUGCAGUGGUGGCAAUGAUCGGAUUCAUUUUGGUCUACAAUUUCUGUUUUGCUUUGUCUCUCGCUUUUCUCAACCGUGAGUAUUUUUUCUACAUUUUCAUACUGAAAUACCACUAUAAGCGUAGUAGCCAUUCAGUAACAUUUAGUGUACAAUUCAUAGCUUUUGGGCAAUCUCGAUCAACCGUAUCAACACAAACCCAGAGUGGCACAGGAGCGGUUGAGUUAACAUCACCAGGUGGUGGGAGCAAUCAAAAGAAGAAAAAAGGAAUGAUUCUUCCAUUCGAACCACAUUGCAUUACCUUCAACGAUGUCAAAUACUCAGUCGACAUGCCACUGGAAAUGAGAGAACAGGGAUUGAAUGAAGAUCGGUUACUGCUACUAAAGGGAGUGAGUGGAGCUUUUCGACCAGGGGUUUUGACCGCAUUAAUGGGGGUGAGUGGUGCAGGCAAAACUACUUUAAUGGAUGUACUCGCAGGUCGAAAAACGGGUGGUUAUAUAGAAGGUGACAUCAGGAUUUCCGGGUAUCCAAAGAAACAAGAAACAUUUGCUCGGAUUUCCGGGUAUUGUGAGCAAAACGACAUUCAUUCGCCUUAUGUAACUGUUUACGAGUCUUUGCUAUAUUCGGCUUGGCUAAGGUUAUCAACUGAUGAUGAAGGAACUCGAAAGAUGUUUGUUGAUGAAGUUAUGGGACUUGUGGAACUAACUCCAUUGAGAGAUGCACUAGUUGGGUUGCCAGGUAUAAAUGGGCUAUCAACGGAACAACGAAAGCGGUUAACCAUAGCGGUUGAGCUGGUGGCUAACCCAUCUAUAAUAUUUAUGGAUGAACCAACAUCCGGUCUUGAUGCUAGAGCGGCUGCUAUUGUGAUGAGAACUGUUAGGAACACCGUGGACACGGGUAGAACCGUUGUGUGCACCAUUCAUCAGCCUAGCAUCGAUAUAUUUGAAGCUUUUGAUGAGCUAUUCUUGAUGAAAAGAGGAGGACAAGAGCUAUACGUGGGACCUGUGGGUCGUCAUUCUUGCCAGCUGAUAAGAUACUUUGAGGAUAUCAACGGGGUAAGUAGGAUUAAAGAUGGAUAUAACCCUGCAACAUGGAUGUUGGAAGUGAGUACCACUGCUCAAGAACUGUCUCUUGGAGUUGAUUUCACCGAAAUCUAUAGGAAUUCCGAACUUUAUCGGAGAAACAAGGCUCUUAUUGCUGAACUAAGCAUAUCACGUCCCGAUACAAAAGAUCUUUAUUUCCCAACCCAAUUCGCGCAACCUUUCAUGGUCCAGUGUAUCGCAUGCCUAUGGAAACAACGGUGGUCCUACUGGCGGAACCCUCCUUACACUGCUGUCCGUUUUGCUUUCACCACCUUUAUCGGGGUCAUGUUUGGGACCAUGUUUUGGGAUCUUGGUGGUAAACGGAAAACCCAACAACAGCUAACUAAUGCAAUGGGUUCUAUGUACAUGGCGGUUCUCUUCCUAGGAGUCCAAAAUGCAUCGGCAGUGCAGCCUGUUGUGGAUGUCGAACGCACCGUCUUUUACCGAGAACGAGCUGCAGGAAUGUAUUCGGCUUUACCAUAUGCUUUCGCACAGGUUCUGGUCGAAGUACCUUACGUUUUUGCACAAACCGCCUUCUAUAGUCUGAUUGUGUACGCCAUGAUCGGGUUUGAAUGGACAGCCGCCAAAUUCUUCUAUUACUUCUUCUUCCAGUUCUGUUGUCUACUCUACAUGACGUUUUACGGCAUGAUGACGGUGGCAAUCACCCCCAACGCCAACAUUGCCGCCAUUAUCGCAGCUUCGUUUUACGGGUUUUUCAACCUGUUUUCUGGUUUCAUCAUUCCACGACCCAAAAUUCCGGUGUGGUGGCGGUGGUACUACUGGUGUAAUCCGAUGGCGUGGACCAUCUACGGCAUGGUGGUGUCGCAGUUUGGCGACUAUGACGAUGUGCUUACGAACGGUGAGACAGUGAAAGGGUAUCUGGAUCGGUAUUUAGGCUACAAACACGAUUUUCUGGGCACAAUUGCCGGAGUUCACGUGGGAUUGGUUGUGGUCUUUGGGUUUAUAUUUGCUUAUUGCAUCAAAUCAUUCAAUUUUCAGAAGAGAUAAAUAUCAAAUAAUCACAACAUCAAAAUCUGAGUCCAAUUUUUUGUAUUUAAAGUGUUUUUUUUCUUUUUUUUCAUUUUUUUUUGUGUGUAUGUGUGUGUGUGUUUGGUUUUAUAGAACUACGUGUUAACUUGAUGUGAAAUUUAUAUAAUGUGGAGUAUAUUUAUCUUUUAUACAAUGUUGUUGUAUUUGAUAUGAUUGAGUGUAACUUGAUGUGUAACUCAUUGACCAUUAGUUAAAUCUUAACCUGAUUCGGAGUCUAUAUGUCACACACCAAACCGAGAAUGGCGGAAACGUUCUAAGGCAGAGGACGUCAUGUAAAGUAUCACAACAGUGUAAAGUAGUAAACAAGCAACAACAUCAUUUAUUGCAUUAAUAGUAUAAUUUUAAAUACAAGUGUGUUCUUUCAUAGUAUAAAACAACAUAUAAUGAAUAAUCAAAAUAAAAGAUGAGUCUUGACUGCUUCGUCUUCACAAAACCUAGUCGUCGUACCCAAUGGCGGAACUCAGUUAUAGCCAAGGGGGGCCAUGGCCCCCUUGCUUUUUUGAGUUAUAAGUUCCAAUAUUUGCAACUCGUUGGCAAACUUGAAUUGGAUGAGUAGGCCUAACAUAUCUCAAAGUUGAGUAUUAUUUAUUUAUUUCAUUAAAGCAACUUGGGCCAACUUGGGC